UCAUGCUCUCUCAACUAGUCAGCUUCAAGGUCACGAGGCCAAGUCUCUGGCCAUUUUUUCUGACUUCCGCCUGUUUGUACUAUACGUGUGCCUUUUUACUCGUAUUUUUCAUCUUUCAUCAGUACAAAUCGUGGAAGAGACUUGCCCAUAUACCAGGGCCAAAAGCCGCCCACUUCUCCAUCUUAUGGCUCCUGAACCAUGGAUGGAACGGGAAUCUCUUUCCUUGCAUGACUGCAGCGGGGAAGAAGUUCGGAUCUCUUGUUCGAAUCGGGCCUAAUCUGCUUCUGUGUUCUGAUCCAGAUGAGCUUCGACGAUUAUCGGGAACACGAUCUCCAUACACCAAGGGGCCUGCCUACGAUGCUGGGAGAGUGACGGACACUGAGCCGCAUGUCGCCUCUCAGAGAGAUCCAGCUAAACACAAGAGACUAAGGGCCAAAAUGGGUCCUGCGUAUUCAAUGGAUGUGCAACCGACGAUCGAUCAGAACGUCGCAACAUUGGUCGAUCUGAUAGACAGAAAGUACGCUGCAGAACCCAUGUUGACUAGGUGUACAAGAGCAAACCCAGAGCACGCACUGCCCGCAAAGACGAUGGAUUUCGGGCAGAAAAUGGACUUUUACUCCAUUGAUACCCUCUGCGAUUUUGCUUUUGGUGAGAAUGUGGGAUUGCUCAAGAGCGAUAGCGAUGUCGGCGACUUGACGCGGUUCAGUGAUAAUUCGAUUCGUAAGGUAACAAUGGGCGGACUGAUUCCCUGGGUUUCCAAUAUGCGCUUCAAAUGGCCAUUCAAGUAUGUGAUGCCGCAGGAAAAAAGCAUAGCUGGAUUUGAAUACCUGUUGCGAUUUGCCACGGAUGUAGUGGACAGGAGAAUGAAUCACGAUGCUAAACCCAAGAAUGAUAUGAUGCAGGGUUUUUUCAAGGCCGGGAUGACAAGGAAUCAGCUUAUGCAGCAGGUCUAUAUCCACAUGAUCGCUGGCACAGACACAACAUCGAAAUGGGCACGAAUGACAAUGCUCUGUCUUCUGACCUGCCCCCCAGCCUACAUAGCCCUGCAGCGGGAAAUUGAUGCCGGCUUCUCAUCCGGGCAACUGAGCUCCCCAGUCGCAACAGAUGCCGAGCUUCGUAGGCUCGGCUACCUCGAUGCCGUGCUUUGCGAGGCACUGCGCAAAUUCCCACCAUCGGUCUCACCGUCGAAACUGUCGCCGUCCGUCGUUGACACGGUGUGCGGAACGCCAGUCCCUGGCGGCACGCAGAUUGGCGCAAAUAUCCCCGGUGUCAUGUUGUCGGAGUCAGUCUUUGGUGCCGAUGCCGAAUGCUUCCGGCCCGAGCGGUGGCUCGAGGCUGCUCAGGAGCCGGACGGGCAAUCCCUUGGGCGCAUGAAGUCCACUCUUGAUCUUGUUUUCGGAGCAGGGAAAUUUCAUUGUGUGGGGACGACGAUUGCGUUCAUGGAGGUGCGCAAGUUGUUUGCUGAGUUGAUGCGAAGAUUUGACUUUUCGGUCGUGAAGAACGAACAACCGCUUCGUGUCGAAUCAUUUGCUAUUAUGGUGGUGCAUGAUUUCCAAGUACGAGUAACUCGCCGCGUAAUGGAAAGCAAGUAG